CCGGUUACUGACCUCUAUCCACAGUAGCAGCACCAACACCAGCCCCGGAGCUCUCUCGACGGGCGCAGAGACACUCGACACGCCCUGGCUGUAAUCGCUGUCGCCGGCUGGAGCUGCGCGGCCCUCUGAUACAGCUUGGUGCUCGCGCCGCCGAGCUCCCUGCGCAUUUUUUUUUGCUUCGCCGACGAGCUUCUGCAGUUAAUGCUUACAGCCAGCCAUGCCUCCUUCGCGCGCAGCACCGCUCACCAGCUCCUUCUCCGUCAGUGACGAGAACAACGUCGUCGUCUGCCCGCUGCGCAACCAUGACGGCUCAGCUUGCCGGAAGCGCUGCACCGGCGAGAAGCGCUUCCGGUCCAUGCAGGAGCACAUUCGACGAGCUCACCCCGAGCAUUACAUAUCCAAGCUGCCAGCAACAGAGGAGAGUUUCAUGUUGAUGGUCAACACAGCACCGCAAGACCGAGCACCGCCCCCUCCCACGACUGCUUCAGCACCACCCCAAACAUACGACUAUGGCAGUAAUGAACGCAAUUCCUUGUUUGAGCCCGAAUUCGGCGCCAAUCCGGUUCGCGGCCCCGACGAAGGGCGCCGACCGUCACUCUUGCCCGCCGCGACGGCUGCAGCAGCCCUGGCGUCGUUACACAACCAUCGUGCCGAGUACGACUGGGACUCUGAUCCGGAUGCGGCAUCAGACGCCGACACCAAGAGCUUCAGGCCCCGCGCGCGCUUUGCUCCAACGCCCGUAGACCAGCAAAUCAAUAGCGAAGAACCAUACUAUACUUCGGGCUCGAUACAGCAAGAGCUACUUCCGUCGUCGCUCGCGCGCUCGCCUCCGGGGCGCUCGUCGACGCUGCCUCCGGGGUCGCACUCUCUCAAGCCCAACCGACCGCGAAAACCGUCGGUAGGGCAAAGUACGCGUAGAGCGAAACAUGAGCGGCAGAAAUCAAAGGAAUACCACCGGAGGAUGAGCUAUGACCGGAAGGCAUACUCGGCUGAGCCUGCAACAGCGGCUGCCAUUAUGGGUAAGAGGUGGGAGGACUUGAUUGAUGCGGCUGCUUCAGCAACUGAAGAAGACAGCCGAGACUUGACACCAAUGCCACAAUCGCCCAACCAUUCCCCCCACAUGAUGAACAGUCGCACGUCUAUGCCGCCCUUUCACUUUGCUUCACAACUGCAGUCAUACACGGCAUCCCCCUUGAACAAUGCUUUGACGCCUCCACCGCCGGAAAUGUCGGACCUGCAGCCGUUUCCUUCUGUCGAGUCUUCGAUUGAAUCAGCCAUGUCUGGGCAGAAUUUUCACCUGCCGUCGCAAGGACUGUCUGACUCUUCGCCCAACUCGCUAUUCCCUGUGCAAAUUUAUUGCGCUGCGUGCCGGAAGCUGUCGAUAUUGCGCGACAGCUAUGCAUGCUCCGAGUGCAUCUGUGGGCUGUGCCAGGAGUGCGUCGACGUACUGGUCAGUGAGCACAGUCGCGGGCGUGCUCCGACGUGUCCACGAUGCAACACGAUCGGGGCCAAGUUCAAGCCGUUCCAGCUGGACAUAAGAUGAGUAUUACGUAGCUUUUUUCUUAUAUAUAUAUUUUGGCGAUUUUCCAAUUUGUCGUUUGGUUUUGGCGUUCUCCAUAGUUUUUUUUGGGCCUAGUCCCGGCACGUUUCCCAGCAUCGUUAGCACAAAGGGAAGCAAGGGCGUUUACUAUUACACUUGGGUUGACAAGGUUGCAUGGCUCACAAGUGCAAGCAGCAUGGAGGCGUGGUCGUAGUGACGACAUGUGGGCAUUGGUAAAAACAAAAGGGUGCAGGAAUAAAAUGCA